AUGCGCACUUCUACCGUUGUCUCCUUAAUACUUACCAUCGCGAUCACGACUCCUGCACUCGCCCGUCCUUUGGGCGAAGGUGCUCGAACUCAGGUUCCCGCCGCGACCAACAGAGAGGGCUAUGUUCCUCACUCUCACGUUGCACACCACCACACCGACGGCCAGGCCCCGCACGCUCACCACCCUGAGGGUGCUCAUAUUCACGUCGCUCACGACUCGUACGAUGCCCGACCCCACGGCACGCACCCGCAGGCUCAGCACGGCACGGCAGAACACCGCCACCCUGGCCUCCAGGCCCACGAGGGCUUCCAGAAGCAGGGCUCCGCUGCGCAUCGGCAGGGGACUCCUCCAUUCACUGUCCCUGCAGAGACGUCACGGGGGGCCUACCACGAGCGGCGUGCCCGAGGAUUCGACUCCGACGAGGAGCUGCUCGCCCGCGCCAUCGUGGACGAGCUCGUCAAUCGCUCUGGCGACCAGAAGGCGGUCACGAAGGAGGAGGACAAGCGGAAGCCUGCGGAGGUCAAGAAGGAGCCCAACUGGAAGACCAGCUGCAAGGUCGGAGCCAAGGAGCUCUGCCACGGUGCGAACAACGUUCGGAAGGAUUUCUUCACCUGGCGUAUACACGUCCGGAACGAGAAUCCCGAGUUGUUCGAGCGCGAGUACGAUGGUAAUCCAGUGAUGGUGGAAAGGGGCAUGGAGCUGGAUGAGCUUGACUAG